CUUUGAUGCCUUGUCGAUCCAGGCAUCUACUCUCUCUCUCCAGGCUGUUUAUCACCGCUUGAUUAACUUCGAAAGUGAUUGAGAUACACUAUGGUGCACGCACCUAAUCUACUUGACCCCAAGUACGCGCCGGGCGCUGAGCAAGCGAGGCAGGAUGUCAUGGUCGGCGUCUCGGUGGCCAUGACGCUCAUUGGAGUGACAUGCGUUGCCCUUCGAGUGUACACGCGCGGCUUCAUAGUCAGAAACAUGGGAGCUGAGGACUGGACAAUGAUCGGGGCGGCUGUUUUGACCAUCGUCUUCUUUUUGGAACUGAUAGUAGGUGCAAAGGAGUUCAAGCUAGGGUUCAGCGGCAUGUCCAUCACCCCAGAGGAGAUGGCCAGCAACCUCAAGCUGAUUCUUGCUGUCGUUGUUGUGUAUAAGAUGAUAAUGACACUCAUUAAGAUCUCUAUUUUAAUGAUAUAUCUUCGGCUUGCUGUCAGUAGGACCUUCGCACAUCUUUGCAAAGCGACCAUUUGUCUCCUCGCGGCCUAUCAAUUGGUUGUGAUAAUCGUCGUUCCUGCGCAAUGCACGCCACUGCACAAGCUCUGGGACUUCACUGGCCAAGUGCCAGGACACUGUAUCAAUGCCAAUGCGUUCUACCACGCUACUUCUGCUUUCCAUAUUGCUAUGGAUAUCUGGAUCCUCGUGCUUCCACUCAGGCUUAUUCUCCGCAUUCCUCGCCCACCACGCGAGAAAAUCGCCUUAUUCGUCAUAUUCGGCCUUGGCAUUGUCAGCAUGAUCGCCUCCAUCGUUCGGUUACAAUCGCUCCGCCUUUUCACCUUGUCUAAUGAUCCUUUCUAUGACUCACUACCGAUCAAUACAUGGUCCAUGGUCGAAGUCAACAUUGGUAUUCUAUGCGCUUCGAUACCAACGCUAAAGCCGCUCGUGUCGAAGGCGCAAAGACAUCGCACGAAGAACGCAAUGCUGAAAUACAGUGGUAAGAAAAAUGCAGGCGGCGAAUGGCCGGGCGACAGCAAGGUGGCGAUUCUAAAGACCGGGAAAGACAUACUGAUUAGUCUGCAUCCUUCCACUAUGAAAGGUGAGGGCAUGAAGACCAUGGACGAAGAGUGGGAGCUUGACGAUCGGCCACCGCCGGUGCCGCCUAAAGACGAUGGUUUUGGUACGAUACAAGACCCUCCUCCGAAGUACCCUGAUAUGGCGCACAACAAGAUUUGAGCGAUCGCGUUAGGAGCUUUAAGCUUCAAUGGCUCAGUAAGAAAACACUUUUCUCAAAUCAACUACAGGAUGAAUUCCUGCGCCUCCUGCAACGCCCAC